AUGUUUGAUAAGGUUGAUGAAUCCACCGUAAUUACCAAGGAUGUCAGUACAGAUACAGGAUGGGAGCGGCUACGUUUGAUGUUUACUUUUGACGAAGAUAUUAGUCCAGAAUUAAAUUCGGCAAUGCACGCCGGAUUAACAGGUAUAUUUUUUGGUGCACUGUAUGGUGGUUUCGUAAAAUCUAGAUUAGCAUAUAUUGACUUCUUUGAACGGAAUCAAGCUACAGCCUUCAGAAGCCAUGUAGAAGCAAAGAAGGUUCUUCAGGACCAUGUUACUAUCAAUUUUGCAAAGGGAGCACUUUAUUGGGGGUGGCGUUUAGGGUUAUUCAGCAGUUCCCUUGUGCUAAUUAGCACUGCUGUUUCCAUUUACAGAGGUAAAUCUGGAAUACUUGAGUACACUGUGGCUGGUUGUGUUUCUGGUUGUUUAUUUAGAGCCAAUCUAGGAGUUAGAGGGAUGCUAGUAGGAGGAUUGUUGGGUUCCGCUCUUGGAACUAUUGGUGGUUGUGUAAUUUUUGCUAUUCUUAAAGCAAGUGGAUUUACAAUGGAGGAUAUUCGUAAUACUCAGUACCAGUGGCGUAAAUACAGAACUGAAACAAAACAAAAAUGGAUGAAAGUAGCUACAGAAAAGGAGACAGUAGAGAAUAAACUCUUAAAACAUCAUGAUGCAAAAUUAGAGUCACGUGCUCUUCCUGGUUCAGAGCCUGAACUUGAUAGCAAUUAA